AUGGCAGAAAAAAUAAUAUUUAUAGACCGCGAGUUGAAUUACAUUGAACUCGUGGACAAGGUCUGGAGAGCUGCUGGUUUUGAUAAGGGAAGGGUAACAAUCAGUUUUGUUCUUGUGUGGACUGAUAGUUCUGGUAGAAGGGGAUAUAUGCAUAUUCAUGACGACGAGGGUACAUCGUUUAUAUACCUACUGCCACAAAAUUGGCCUGAAUUGUACGUUUGUUUUGCGCCUAUUGGUGGGGUUGAUCAUGCAAGCUCAUCUGGACAAGCUACUGGUGCAGGUACAAGUGGUGCAGAUACAAGUGUUGAUAGUCAAAAUGAAGACAGUGAAGAUGAAAGGGGUGAAGAGGAAGAUGACAAUGACACGAGUGCAUCUGUUAAUCCUAGGUGGAAGGCUUAUGAGGCUUACGCCGACAUAAGUGGAUGGGAGAAUCCUCCUGUAGAGAAUGAUACUUAUGCUGAAAAGAUGUGGGACGGUGUCAUUGAUCAUUUUAAGGCUGGGGUACAUUUCUUGUGCAAGGAUGAUGCACAGGGUGCUGUGACCAAACGAUCUACUGAUCGAGGUCUACUAGCAGACGUUGAGAUUUGUGCACAACUAAGUUGGGGGAGCGCCGUGCAAGGCAACUUGUAUAGAGAGUUGUGCGAAGCUUCAAUGGGGAAGGAGAAAUCCAUAUACAGAUGUUUGCUACUCGUACAGGCUAAUUUAGUCGCCCAUAUUAAGAGGAUGAGUCUCCUUGGCAUGGGUGAUUGCACCGACCCUAAGUCUUCUGCUCAUAUAACGUUCAACCAGAUCGGAAAAACUCCUGAUCGAGCCUUGUCAUUGCAGAGGACCCAGUGUUGGGUACUUUCGAGCAAAAGUGAGAUUCAGAUUUUUGUCAAUGCAGAUCCAACUCAGACGCCAUACCGUCCUGCUUUGUUGCCACAGCACCGGACUCAGCUGGAUUUUGGUGAUCAAUUUCUUGCUUCAGGUAUGUCAGACCAGGUUCAACUUUCUCAGGAGGCAUUUCAGUUCCAGAGCCACCUGUUUUCGGGUUAUGGGUUUGAUAUUGCUGUGGGGCAGCAUUGUUUUGAGGACCAGGUUACAGAUCAGACUCAGCAAUAUCAGGCUGAAGCUCAGGGUUCAGAGCUUGCGGGCCAACAAGCAUGCAAGAAGAAAGGACCGCAUCAUAAUUUAUCUUUUACACCGCUGGCUUUGGCUAAGGAGCCGAGAAAUAUAAAGGUGCUUGUAAAGCUUGCUAGUUGCGGACUCGGUGAAGAUAACUCUGAUGGUCAAAUGGGCAAGGGCAAGAAGCGCAAGUAG